UUGGACUGAGAGCAGACGGGAAACUCCAGCUCCUGAGUGGCUCCUGCUACCUGUUGCCUCCUCCUUAAAACUUUUUACCUUCCGCUGGGUAAUGGACUAUUAGAGAGACUUUUAACAACACCCCCACAGCAACUUAAAAGCGAGUCUAAAUCGCCGCUGUCCUCACACCACCUACAGCCUCCACAGAAACAGCGACCAUGGGCAAACAGAACAGCAAGCUUCGUCCCGACGUCAUGCAGGACCUGAUGGACAACACGGACUUCACCGAGCAUGAGAUCAUGGAGUGGUACAAGGGCUUCUUGCGGGACUGCCCCAGCGGCGCGCUCUCCAUGGAGGAGUUCAAGAAGAUCUACGCCAACUUCUUCCCUUACGGAGACGCCUCUAAGUUCGCCGAGCACGUCUUCCGCACGUUCGACGCCAACGGAGACGGGACUAUUGACUUCAGGGAGUUCAUCAUCGCCCUGAGCGUGACCUCUCGCGGCCGGCUGGACCAAAAGCUGAAGUGGGCGUUCAGCAUGUACGAUCUGGACGGGAACGGAUACAUUAGCAAGGCGGAGAUGCUGGAGAUUGUAACGGCGAUUUACAAGAUGGUUUCCUCUGUGAUGAAGAUGCCUGAAGAUGAGUCCACGCCUGAGAAACGCACAGACAAGAUCUUCAGACAGAUGGACACAAAUCGAGAUGGUAAACUGUCCCUGGAGGAGUUUGUUGAGGGAGCGAGGAACGACCCCUCCAUCGUCCGGCUGCUUCAGUGCGACCCCAGCAGUGCUGGACAGUAGAAAACUGGACUUUUUCUCCAUUGCAAUUUCAAUUAUUUUUACACAUUUUCAAAAUCCUUCCCAACCGACCCACCUGAGAUUAUUGAUCACUCAAGCUGUAGAGGCACACACACACACGUACACACACACACAGACAACAUGCAACUGUACAUACUACAAAUACCAAAGCCUGCUGCAUAUAUAAUCUUUCAGAUGCCCACAUGCACAUACUGUACAUGUGCCUCUACGUCUGGUGAAAAGCUACACGGGUCUCGUAAACGGUACAAAUACAACUCAAAGGACUGAAACCCCAUCAAAGACUCUUUAAACACUGAAUCGGAGAUGUGCUCCCUUUGUCUGAGGAGACGAUCAGCGAGGAUAAUCCAUCCGAUUCGUGAGGUACACUGAGCCGAAUCCAAGUUUUUAUUCUUUUUAUUCUUAUUUUUUCCUUUUUUAAAAGGGAUUUUUUUCUCUCUCUUUUACCUGACUCGGGGUGGUGAGUGAUGACGGACAGUUUUUUCACAAAGUAUUGCAAUCUAACUCCACGUUAACACUGGAUGUAAUGAAGUAUGUGAGUCCGGGAAGACAAGUGUUCACAGCUUAGACUGGAGAUCUGGGUAGUUUUAAGUUUUUGACAAUAGAAGAAUUUUUUUAGAAAGGAUUUUUUUUUUUAAAUGUAUACUUUGGAGGAAUGUUACAUCAAACCAAAACUCACUCAGAUUUUUAAAUGAAGGGGAAUAUUUUGACUGCAGAUUUUCGUCCGUCUGUUCUUUUGAAAGUGACUUUUUACACCAAGUUCUGUGUCCUCACACACACACACACACACACACACACACACACACACACUUAUUUUACUGACAUGAACUUGACAUAUUUAUACAUAUAAACCGAGCUGUGAUUCUCUUCCUACGACUAUGAUUCAACAAGUGUAUAAACAAAAAAGAUAAAAUAAAAAGUUAGAUGUUAUAUGAAUAUAUAGUAUGGUACUUAUAUAUUCUUUUACUCUGUGAUCACACUGUGGCGUUUUGCUGCAGUGAAGAAAUUCACUUUGACGUAUAAAUUAUUGGAAUGUGACGAUAAACAUUUUAUUUUAUUUUACUUGACGAAUAUAUGAAAGAAAGUUGUACAGUAUAUUCACUCAUAUUUAUGCUAGAGAUGUUAAAAAGGAGAGGACCACACAUAUGCAUUUAUUUUUUAAUAUCCACAGCUACAUUUGGUGUUUGUAGCUUCUGUUAUUUUCCUCUCUUGAGAGAGAAAAUAGCUACACAUCUUAAUUUGAUCCCAAGCUACAGCUCCACUGACAUCAUGUUUCCCAGGAAGCCAGUAAACAUUGGCAGUCUUUAUGUUUUUUUUGUCAUGUGCGUUUGUAAACAGUCUCCAAAUGUUGCAUGUGUCUUCGAAGUGCAACAGUAAUGUCUUCAAAUGUCAAGCUUUGUGCAAAUGUGACUUUACAUCUCAUGAAUGUGCAAAAAUGUUUAAGUACAAAUGUAAAAUAGGACAAAUGGAGGGCUACUGUGAUGAUGGAGAUCACAUUUUUAUCACUAUGACGCACAAUAAGAAAGAACUAACAGAACAAAGCACUGACGCUGGUAGCGAGUAACAGCAGCAUCCACCAAACCUCACUGUGUUUUUGCAGGAUUUACUAAUAGUUGCUUCUAUUCUGCUUAAUUUUACCUGUCUGUACUUCUAAAAAAAACCCACCAAGACAUGCAGAAGUCUUCACAGACGGAUGAAUGAUGACUUUGGGAAAACAAAAUAGUUGUGUUCAAUUCUCUGGGCUUCUGCACAUUUUAUGUUAGGUGAUCAGGUACAUCAGUCCCACAUUUCAUUUCAAUAGCAUCUUGUGGUCAAGUGCCAAAUAUAGAUGAAUGAAAUAAAAGAAAAGAAAAGAAAGAAAAAACACACAGUAUUGCAUCCAUUUAUACUGUACAGUUGCUACCUGUCGAACAAAAAAUCUUUGUCACUGUAUCAUUUUGUAGAUUUUGUAUUGUUAACUUGCAUUAUGUGUUCUGUGUAGGAUGUCCAUUUUGUUAUUCAAAUAAAGACAAAGUGGGAAAAUG